CAGUCUACUACUCCAGGAGAUAGCGAAAUGCUCAUCGGAGGAACAAAUACGAGCCUAUACCGCUCUGACACGCUCACGUAUAUUCCUGUGACGCAGAAAGGUUACUGGCAGGUCGUGAUGGAUGGCAUUUCGAGGUUGGGACAGGAUGUCAUCGAGUCGCACGCCGCUCCUGCGAUCAUCGACACCGGGACCACUCUCGUCAUCACGUCUUAUGCAAUCGCACAAGCUUACUACGCGAACAUACCCGGAGCCACAGCCCACACGGAAGGCGAGGACACAUACUGGACAAUUCCAUGCAAUGCCAUCAAUUCCACCGUUCCUACAUUCAUAUUUGGCGGACAUGCCUUCCCGGUCUCUCCGCAGACGUUCUAUCUUGGGCCAGACAUUCUUUCAAGUGACUGCUUAGCUGGGAUCGCUGCAUCUUCAGAAAUGGGUGUGUA